AAAAAUAGGAACUAGAGUACAAAAUUGAUCGGGCGGCCGUUUCCAAAUGCCCUUUCAUCGGCAUCCAUCUCCAUCCAUUCGCCUCCUCCCCAUCUUCGGGCAUCUCUGCAAACCCUCGAUAGAUCUCAUCGUUGUAUCAGAUCUAUAGAAGAAGAUCGGGAAGCGUUGGUGAUAGAGCUUAGGGAUGGGUCACAGGGUGGAUCAUGAGUACGAUUAUCUGUUCAAGAUCGUCCUGAUCGGUGAUUCUGGGGUUGGGAAAUCAAACAUCCUAUCGAGAUUUACGAGGAAUGAAUUCUGCUUGGAAUCUAAAUCCACCAUUGGUGUUGAAUUUGCCACUAGGACGCUUCAGAUAGAAGGGAAGACGGUGAAGGCACAGAUAUGGGAUACUGCAGGUCAAGAGAGGUAUCGUGCCAUCACGAGUGCUUACUACAGAGGUGCAGUUGGUGCACUUCUCGUGUAUGACAUAACAAAGAGACAAACAUUUGAUAAUAUUCAGAGAUGGCUUCGGGAACUUAGAGAUCAUGCAGACUCCAACAUUGUUAUAAUGAUGGCGGGUAACAAGUCUGAUCUCGCUCAUUUACGAUCUGUUCAAGCAGAUGAUGCCCAGGAAUUGGCAGAAACUGAGGGACUUUCCUUCCUCGAGACUUCGGCGUUGGAAGCAUACAACAUAGAGAAGGCAUUCCAGACCAUUCUGACAGAGAUCUACCAUAUUGUUAGCAAGAAGGCACUUGCUGCCCAAGAAGCAGCGGCUGCAGCGCCACCAGUUCAAGGGACAGCUAUCAAUAUCAAUAACUCUACUGGAGGUUUUACACAGAAGAAUUGUUGUUCUACUUAGCAAUAUUUAAUUUGGUUGCCAGGAUG